AUGAUUAAUUAUUUCUCAUAAUUAAUAUUGUUUAUUAACGCUACGCGCAUUUGAAGAAGCUGUUCUAAUAAAAACAGAAUGAGGAAUGCGAAAAUAUCUUUUUUUGGAAGGAAAAAAAGAAACAAUGCAUCAAAGAUUGUUAUCGAUUGAGAAGAACGAGUUCUUCACUUUGAUCAUUGUUAAUAUCGGAAUUUGUGUGUGUCUGUGUGUUUUGGGAUAGCAAUGAGAACAAUCUAAUUUGUGGAAUUGUUUGUAUCUUACAGUUACUGAAUUAGCAAACGUUAAGAGAAAAUCUCAUUCUAUUAUAUUUAAAAUUAAAAAUAAAAAAUUUGAAGCUUUCGUGCUGGUUACUACUUUCAAUUCUGGUUUCCAGAUUGAAGCCACGUUUUUUGUCAUUUAUUUCCGAUGUUUCAUCCACUUCAUCAGGAGUUUGAAACGUCGAAAUUAAAAUGACAAAACGCGGCUUCAACCCGCAAACUAGAACUGAUAGUAUGUUCUAGUAAAAUUAUAUAAAAAUAUAAAACCUUUAUCAUUAUCAUUCUCUAGAUCUAGUAGUGGCACAUAAGUACAGGAUUAUAACUUUUCCGAAAUAAUAAAAAUAAGAAAAAGUUAAAUUGCGUCGGAGGUCCUAAAUCUCAUUUUCUACGAAACAUAUUUCCCAUCAAUAUGGUAUACGUAAAGAAUGUGUUGCUUGUAAAUGUGCAGUGGCGCGAAGUCGAUCGUCAUUAUCUUGUAGCCGUUAACGUAGAUAUAUCUUCUUAAAGGUCGUGACCGAACUGCCCCUCGUACACUGUCGUAGCCACGAGUUCCAUUUUAUUGUCUAAAAUAUUAUGCGCGAAUGCAUAUCUUCUUUAUAUUAAGAAAUGUCUCCAUCAUACAUCUUUCGUCGCAAUUAUAUUUUUAAAGAAUUGGAUAUUUUUUCUUAAGAUAAAUAUCUACGUUCAAAUGCUUUAUAAUAUUCUUGUCAUGCAUUUAAUUAAGUUUAACGAUAUUACACAUGAACCAUUAAACUUAUAAAGUAACUUGUAAAGUAACAAAAUUUUGAAAAAAUAAUAUAAUUUCAAAUCAAUAAUUAAUUUACCUGACGAUAACAGAAUAUAAAUCUUUAAGAAGCAUGCGACUUAAUUAAAUCACCAUUGCUUUUGUGUGAAAUUUCGACAUCGUUAGACAUCCGCAUUCAGCGAGUGCAUCAUUUGUCCAAAGCAUCAUUCGAUACGCAAUUCAAGCGAUGUCGCUACGAAGAUCUUCUCAAGACUGACUGUUCAACUUGUGCGCCCUGUCUUCUUACACGUCCGACGCCUUUUCGCCCACGUGGUCAUCCCGCCUGAUAACUCGACAUACGCACACAUACAAUGUAUCACGCAGAUUGGCUUGCCCGACAAAAGAGAGAGAGACAGAGAGAAAACGAGAAAGAGAGGAGAUCGAUAGAAGCCAGUUCGCCAUAACUGGCGGAACUUGGUGAAGGUGCACGCACGUAGUCGGUCAGUUCCGGUGGUGUGUUCCUUGCCCAGGUGUGUUGAUCCACCGCUGCAGCCGAAAUAGGAUGAAGUGGUGUGAGGUCGAUAGGUCCCGAGUGUCGUUGCUGCAGAGUCGACGUUAUCCACCCGUCACCACCAAGAGCCGGCGCCGUCACGUUGCUCAGGAGACGAAAGAUAGGCCAACUACGAUGCAUCAUCAGCUUCACGUCGGUUACAACGGCGCCCAAGGCGGAUCCAUCGGGAGCAAUGGCUCUGGUCAAGGCUGGACCACGCAAGUGGAGGAACUCGCGGAGCACCUCGCCGCUGAUUUCGAUGGAUUAUCCGCACUCGCGACAUCUGAUCUUGCAACGGCUGUUGCCUCCUACAACAUGAGCGAAGCCCUUCUCGCUUUGCCAUCGCUAACUGUCUUCAAGCAGGAAGCUCCGUCACCCGAGAAUCAACAUAAUAAUUUAAAUCACGUGUCGCAAAGAGCGAUCAAUACUGCGUCUGUCAAUAAUGGAAAUGUCAGCUCCGUUGAAGCUGACAACAACAACAAUGGCCAAACUGCUACUACCCUCCACCAACUCUUGUAUUCUUCCAAUGAGGAAUACCCGCCGACUUCGACCGCAACGAAUCAUGUUUCUUCUUCUCAGCAGGGAAACGAGUUGAACGAGGACUGCCGUUUCCAGUAUGUCUUAGCAGCCGCUACCAGUAUCGCCACCAAAGUAAACGAAGAGACGCUGACGUAUCUGAACCAGGGACAGUCAUAUGAAAUCAAACUGAAAAAAUUGGGCGAUCUGUCUGCAUACCGCGGAAAGAUUCUGAAGGGACAUCCAACAUUUCUGUUCCAGUCGACGAUCCGCAUUUGCUUCCAUGAGCGGCGUCUGCAGUACACGGAACGGGAACAGAUGCUGGCCUGGCAACGCGCUAGGCCAGGCGAGAGGCUGUUGGAGGUUGACGUACCCCUCAGCUAUGGAAUGGUGGACGUAUACCAGCCAUCACCAUCUAACAACAGUGUAGAUUUCAUGUGGGAUCCCACGAAGGAAGUUGGCGUUUAUAUCAAAGUUAAUUGCAUAAGUACCGAAUUUACGCCGAAGAAGCACGGUGGCGAGAAAGGCGUUCCCUUUCGAAUCCAAGUGGAGACCCGGCUGCCGGGAGGACCGCGUCUACACGCCGCCUCAUGCCAAGUGAAAGUCUUCAAGUUGAAAGGAGCGGACCGCAAGCACAAGCAAGAUCGGGACAAAAUAUUGAGACGUCCUCCUCACGAACAGGACAAGUACCAACCCAGCUACGACUGCACCGUUCUCUCCGAUAUUCCGUUGGAGUCCUUAUCACCCUCAAGUCCGACGCAGAAUGGUGGAAGCCCGUUCGUCUCAACAGAUGCAAUAUCACCGCAGACACGUUCGACUAUUGGUGGUAAUUCUUCUCCGGUAGUAGCUCCUCUAGCACUUUCAGUUUCUAAUUCCGGUAUCGUGCCAUUGGUUCCGGCUUCCGACGCUGUGAAGGAGAACGUGGGAACGGCACCAGCCUUGCCAUCGCCUGCGGCCAUACUUCCGGAUCAACCUUGCAUCGAGAGUGAUAGUGCUCCUUGUCUCACCGAAUUACCGCCCGACGCGAAUGCCACGCAAACAACUGCUUGGCUCCGUGCAAGUCGAUUUAACGCGUUCGAGUCGACGUUUGCCAGUUUCUCCGCAUCGGAUAUUCUGCGUCUGUCUCGAGAGGAUCUCAUCCAAAUUUGCGGAGUGGCGGACGGCAUUCGAUUGUUCAACACGCUGCACUCCAAGGCGCCGACCCCAAAGCUGACCCUCUAUUUCUCACUGGAGGGCAAUGGCUCACUCUGGAGAAUCGCCUACCUCGACAAUUUAACAAGCUCCGCGCUCACGAACAAGCUACUCAAUACUCUAAACCUGCCUCCUGACCGACUGCACUCGAUAUUGUUUCUAGGACCACAGGGUAUACACGUGUUAGUUACCGAUGAUCUGGUAGCGAAUAUGAAGGACGAGAGUAUGUAUCUCGUUGAGACUAUCAGAGAUCCAGGCAGCGAGCGUUAUAAAUUGCUGAUAAAGUCGAAAAAUAUUUAAGCAAUUUAUAGGGAUUUUAUUAUAUAGUUAUUUAAAAGAUAAAAAAACAAAAGGCAAAUUUUAUAACGGCAGUAUUUGUGACAAAUACGUGCGAGAAAGAUUACUAAUCUUUAAGUACGAUAAUCAUGCUAAAGUAAAGAGCAAUGGAUUAGAAAUUGUUAAUCUGAUUGCGCUGUCUUGCCCUAUGUGUUUAUCUAUUUGCAUAUGAAAUUGUACGCGGCAUAUUGUAACUGAACAACUGAAACACAUGCUCAUUUAUAGGUGACUUCGAUCUAGUAAGAUUUUUCUGAGUAUAAAUCUAUUUUUUAUAUUAUGAAUAUCAUAUUGCCAUUGCGUUGUGUGUGUCGAAUUUGUUGAGAUGUGCAAAUAUUCAGACUCUUUAAACAGUUUUCGACAUCCCAUUUUCGCAUCUAUGCGACUUGAAGUCACUGAAACUCGAUAAUUUCAAGUGACUCCAAGACAAUACAAUACACUUAAUACAA